AUGGCCGAACCGAUCAGUGCAGCCGAAAGCAAAGCCGCCGAGGAGGCGGGCCAGAAUCUGAAUCCAGAAAUCCAUCGCGUGGCGCGACGAAAACGCAUCACCAUCGACCUGCGAGGAGCGACGAACGGAGAAAGAGAGCCCGUCACAAGGGAAGAGAUCUUCGACCUCAUAAGAGACGUGCGGGACCCGGAGCACGAGGAGGCGACGCUCGAGGAAUUGCGGGUUGCGAGAAUCGAGGACGUGCACGUCGGGGAAUCACCACCGUACGUCGACGUCUUUUUUACGCCGACGAUCCCGCACUGCUCCAUGGCGACGCUGAUCGGUCUCUGUCUGUCCGUGAAACUACUACGAUCAUUGCCAUCAAAAUUCAAGCUGCGCGUGGCCAUCGCGCCGGGCGCGCACGCCUCGGAAGACGAAAUUAACAAGCAGCUGGCGGAUAAAGAAAGGGUCGCGGCCGCGCUCGAGAACCCCCAUUUAUUAAAGGUGGUGAACAAGUGCGUCUCGCAGUCGAGCAAGUUCCCGGAGCCGCUCUGGGCCCACGACGAACUUAUACAAGGGGGGUUGCCCGUCUUGUUGCCGUUCGACCCCUACCGAGCUUUGGAAUGUGAGACUGAUGAGGAGGAUGAGUUAAC